GGCAUUCAAUGCUGAGUUUCCUUUUCACGAUUUUGGUUUUUAUAUUUUUUUUACGAAUUGUGUCUUCGCAAGUGUGUGUGUGUGUGGAAUUGAAUCUUGGUCGAGGAGAUGUGUGAUGCCUGAGUGGCGAGAAUUGGUCGUAAUGAAUGUUGAGUGGUGGUAGAUUGCUUUUGUUUUCUGUUUGGUUUGUGUGUUGUUGUGAAGCUGUGUGUGUGGUUGGGUGUGAGAGAUUCUGGAAAGGGGAAUGGACGCAAGAUUGAGUGGGCGGGUGGGGUUUGUUUCGUAACUGGUGCUGGAGAUCCGUGGUUGUUGGGCAAAGUGAACAAGAGAAAUGCAUCAAGGAGAAUGGUCCUGAUUUCAUCUAGUGCUCCUCAAACUUAUGUUCCAUCUCGUCGGACUUCACGUUUUUUGACAAGUUAGAAUUUUCCAAGAAGGGUUUGCCUGAGUUGAUAGUACGAAGUGCUCGCGAUUAAUUCAGAAAUAUGGAGAGCACAGCAGAUGUCGGAAUGUCCGACGACGAUCCUAUCCUUCUCAACGGGCUCGAAACGCCACUACUGGCUGAAUUUCCUCUUGGCGAACGGCCUACAAUAGGGCCGGAGGCACCAGUAAAUCCCUUCCAUGAACCCGAUGGUGGUUGGAAGACCAACAACGAGUGGAAUUACUUUCAAAUGAUGAAAUCCAUUUUGCUGAUUCCACUUCUUCUCGUUCGUCUAGUGAGCAUGAUAACAAUCGUAGCAUUUGGAUAUGUGUGGAUCAGGAUUUGUCUGAUCGGCGUCACAGAUCCCUUGUUUAAGCCUUUCAAUCCGUGUCGACGGUUCAUGCUGUGGGGCAUACGGUUAGUAGCAAGAGCAGUGAUGUUUACCAUGGGUUAUUACUACAUUCCCAUCAAGGGAAAACCGGCUCACCGAUCAGAGGCGCCCAUUAUUGUGUCCAAUCACAUUGGAUUUCUGGAUCCCAUCUUUGUGUUCUAUCGGCACUUGCCGGUCAUCGUCUCAGCCAAGGAGAACGUCGAGAUGCCCAUUAUUGGACUGUUUUUGCAAGCUUUGCAAAUAAUACCCGUGGACCGGACUGAUGCUCAGUCUAGGCACCAUGCGGCUGGCAACGUUCGGCGAAGGGCUGUGGACAAUAUGUGGUCCCACGUCAUGUUGUUCCCGGAGGGCACUACCACCAAUGGCAGAGCAAUAAUCGCCUUCAAAACAGGAGCAUUUUCGCCUGGUCUCCCUGUGCAGCCAAUGGUUAUUAGAUACCCUCACAAGUAUGUCAACCCCUCUUGGUGUGACCAAGGAGGUCCGUUGGUCGUUGUGUUGCAGCUGAUGACUCAGUUCAUCAACCACAUGGAGGUUGAAUAUUUGCCGGUCAUGAAGCCAACUGUGAGAGAGAUGAAAUACCCUCAUGAAUUCGCAAGUAGAGUUCGCAGCGAGAUGGCUAAAGCGUUAGGCAUCGUGUGCACAGAACACAGCUUUCUGGAUAUUAAGCUAGCGCUGGCUGCAGAAAAGCUCAAACAGCCUUCAGGUCGGUCGUUGGUUGAGUUUGCUCGCAUGGAGAAGUUAUUUCGGCUGGAUUUUCCUACGGCGAAGGAAUACUUGGAAAAGUUCAGCGCCAUGGACCGCACACACAGUGGCUUUGUUACAUUUGAGGAGUUAUGUACGGCACUGGAUCUUCCACGCUCACCAAUUACUAAGCAGGUGUUCAACCUUUUCGAUAAGGAUGGGCAUGGAAGCAUAAACUUUCGAGAGUUUUUGGCAGGGCUCGCCUUUGUGUCCAGCCACACAUCAUUUUCAAGUACAAUGGAGGCUGCAUUUAAAGCAUGUGAUGUGAAUGGCGAUGGCACUCUUUCUCGUGAUGAAGUGGAGAGGAGUUUGCUUGAUAUCUUUCCAGAGCUCCCUCCAAUAACGGUGUUCAAGCUUUUUGACACGUUAGAUAUAAAUCAUGAUGAGAAAAUCAGCUGGGAGGAGUUCAGUAGCUUUCUGCAGCGAAACCCAGAGUAUCUGGCCAUCAUUAUAUAUGCGCACCCUACUCUGCUGAAGCCACCCACAUCGACUAGCUGAAAUUAAUCCUAGGUCGGUACGUUUGUAUCCUAUUUUUGCUGAUGUCUGUUAGAUCAGCGUUUACAAUGCACCCAAGGGAGGAAUGUUGUCCUCCAAGCUUUGAAGGGUGCGCUAUUCUGGAAACGUUAAGACUCCCAAAAGUUGCGACUUCUUGUGGCAUUGAUUUCAGCUGCUGUGCAUCACUGUUGGUACAACUCUCGAAGAUGGGAUCAAAGGCGAUUCGGACUUUGCGAGCUAAAUUGCUCUUCAGAGAAGUUAGGUCGUUGGUGGCCACUAGAACUGAGUCUUCAUGAUGCUCUAAACUUGGUGCGCUUUUGCCCAAGUAUGCAAGUCCUUGACUCUGCCACUAGAAACUCUGCCAGGCUAUCGCUUCAUUUCACCUAGCCAUUUUUUUCUAGCGAGGCUGGCGAUUCGUGGGUGACCGCGAGUCUGUUCUGUAAUUAUUCUCUUCAAAACGUGAAUAGUCUAGCUAAAUCAGAAUCUUGCCUCAACCAAGAUCGAUCAACCCAUCAACAGUUGAUGCACUUUUGCUCUUCUUCUCCCAUCUCUUUGUUUUUUUCUUCUUCUUCCGAGUCUUUAUCAUAUUUCAAAUACUCCGAAUAAUAGCUAUUCAUGUACUUCCGUA